UGGGUGAAGAGUGCGCGCGGUCACGUGACCGGCUGUAGCCGCCUGUGAUUUGGGGAGAGUGAAAAAAAACAAACGUGAAUUCAACAAAAUUAUGCCACAUCCUUUAACUUUUUUAUGGGGUUGUUUGGUUCCGGCGGUACGACGUGGGCGUGAAACGGUCAGCGGUCCGGAGCCGUCCGAGCGGGCGGUUGGAGAAAGUGCCCGGCCGGGGGUCACGUGAUGGACGAUGGCGGCGGCGCCUGACAUGGCGGCGAGUGGUUAGCGGGCGGGCCGUGCGCGCACUGUCUCUUCAGCUCAGCGCCGCUGGCAGUCACUGGAGCCGCUCUUCGUUUCCAUCAGCCACACAACCUGCAUCUCUGUUUACCGGGGAACCUACCGGCAGAGAAAUAGACUGAGUUUGAGAUGACCGACCCAGGUCAGGAUCUUCUACUUGCUGCUUUGAGUGAAAGUGGAAUUAGUCCUAAUGACCUCUUUGAUGCGGAUCCACUUGACACUGGCUUGAUGUCACCUCUGCCAUCCAGUGGCUUACAACAGCCACCUACAGCUACCACAUUUGUACUGAAUCAGCUGAACCAGCUUCCAAACCUGGGGACAGCAUUAAUUGUGACAAAGGCACCUGUUAAUACAGUGUCUCGUCCCACAGUUAGUGCAGCCAAGGUUGUUCAGACCAGCUCACUUGCACCAUCGUCUACAGCAGCUCCAACUGUAGCUACAGCCUCAGCCAAGGAUCAGAUACAGCUUAAAGACUUGCUUAAAAGCAAUAGUCUAUCCGAACUGAUGAAAAUGAAGCCACCGUCCAAUAUUGUUCAGCCAAUUACAACAGCAGCCACUGACUUGAACAAUGGUGUUGCAAGGAAGGAAUCGUUGAGUAAAGAAGUGACUCGGGUAUGGGUCAAUGAGGAUAUUAAAAUGCGAAGCUUUUCUCCAACUCCAAAAUUACCUCUGAAAGAAGAGGAGGAGCCUGAGGAGGAAGAUGAUGAUGAAUUAGGCCAUGCAGACACAUAUGCUGAAUAUAUGCCAAUGAAAUUGAAAGUUGGCUUGCGUCAUCCCGAUCCAGUUGUGGAGACCAGUUCUUUGUCCAGUGUAACACCGCCUGAUGUAUGGUAUCGUCUAACUGUACAAGAGGAGACUAUUGAUAAUGGUUGGCUUUCUGCUUUGCAGCUGGAAGCAAUCACCUAUGCUUCUCAGCAACAUGAAACAUUCCUCCCCAAUGGGGAUCGUGCAGCCUUUCUGAUAGGGGAUGGUGCUGGUGUGGGUAAAGGAAGAACCAUUGCUGGCAUUAUUUUUGAGAAUUACCUUCUUGGUAGAAAACGAUCACUAUGGUUUAGUGUAUCCAAUGACUUAAAGUAUGAUGCUGAACGGGACCUGCGGGACAUUGGAGCAAAAAAUAUCCAGGUUCAUGCGCUGAAUAAGUUCAAAUAUGGAAAAAUAUCUUCGAAACAAAAUGGAAGUGUAAAGAAAGGUGUCAUUUUUGCAACAUACUCUUCACUAAUUGGAGAAAGUCAGUCGGGUGGAAAAUAUACAACCAGGUUAAAACAACUUUUGCAUUGGUGUGGUGAAGAUUUUGAUGGAGUAAUUAUUUUUGAUGAAUGCCACAAAGCUAAAAACUUGUCUCCAGUUGGAUCCUCAAAACCCACCAAAACAGGUUUGGCUGUGCUGGAACUACAGAACAAGUUGCCAAAAGCAAGGGUGGUGUAUGCUAGUGCGACAGGUGCAUCGGAACCACGAAAUAUGGCUUAUAUGAAUCGACUUGGAAUCUGGGGUGAAGGUACACCCUUCAAAGAAUUCAAUGAUUUUAUUCAAGCUGUGGAAAGAAGAGGUGUUGGGGCAAUGGAGAUUGUUGCCAUGGAUAUGAAGCUAAGAGGAAUGUAUAUAGCAAGACAGCUGAGCUUUUCUGGAGUGACCUUCAAAAUUGAAGAAGUUCCCCUCAGUCAAGAUUACAUUAAGAUGUAUAAUAAAGCAGUUAAACUGUGGGUUGAGGCCAGGGAGAAAUUUCAGAUGUCAGCUGAGCUGAUUGAUGCAGAGCAACGGAUGAAAAAGUCAAUGUGGGGUCAGUUCUGGUCAGCACACCAGAGAUUUUUCAAAUACCUCUGCAUUGCAUCCAAAGUUAGAAGGAUAGUACAACUGGCCCGAGAAGAGAUCAAAAAUGGAAAGUGCGUGGUUAUUGGUCUACAAUCCACUGGAGAAGCAAGAACUCUUGAAGCUCUGGAGGAAGGUGGUGGUGAACUGAAUGAUUUUGUUUCAACUGCUAAAGGAGUCCUUCAGUCUUUGAUUGAGAAACACUUCCCAGCACCUGACCGAAAGAAGCUGUACAGUUUGUUGGGGAUAGAUAUGACUGUGUCCAGUAACCAUGACUCUCCCACUGACAGUCCAUCAAGACACAGCAAAGGAAAAAAGCGAAAAGCUAAUGAGGACAAAAGGGAAGCAAAGAAACCUCGUAAGAGCAGAGGACUUGCUGGAAGCAGCUCUUCAGAGAGUGAGUCUGAAGUAUCUGAAAGCGAAGGCAGUGAUGAAGAAAGUUUUCUGUCGGUCAGUUCUGGUGAUGAUGACUUCAACCCUUUCAGAGAUGAAUCUUCGAAUGAAGAAGAUGAUCCUUGGUUAGUGAGGAAGGACCGCAAGAAAGACAAAGACAAGAAGAAGAAAAAGAAAAGUAUUGAUCCUGAUUCUAUUCAAAGUGCCUUACUAGCAUCUGGCCUUGGAUCAAAAAAGCCUAGUUUCUCAACCACCACAGUCAGUAGCACAACAAACAAUACAAUUUCUUCAGGUAAUAGCAGCCAUAGUAUUGUAGCCAGUGAAGAUGCAGUAGAAAGAGCGCAACAAUUGAAACGAGAGUUGCUUGAGAAGUUGGAGAGACUUGCUGAAGACCUGCCUCCCAACACCCUGGAUGAAUUAAUAGAUGAGCUUGGUGGUCCAGAUAAUGUAGCAGAGAUGACUGGCCGGAAAGGCAGGGUUGUGAGCAAUGAUGAUGGUAGCAUAUCUUAUGAAUCUAGAUCUGAACUUGAUGUUCCUGUUGAAAUCCUGAAUAUAACAGAAAAACAGCGGUUUAUGGAUGGAGAGAAGAAUAUUGCAAUCAUUUCGGAAGCAGCCAGUUCUGGUAUAUCAUUGCAAGCAGAUCGCAGAGUUAAGAACCAGAGGCGACGUGUGCACAUGACCUUGGAAUUGCCUUGGAGUGCAGACCGUGCUAUUCAGCAAUUUGGUAGAACCCAUCGGUCAAACCAAGUGACUUCUCCUGAGUAUGUUUUUCUCAUCUCCGAAUUGGCAGGGGAACAAAGAUUUGCUUCAAUUGUUGCAAAAAGGCUGGAAAGUUUGGGUGCUCUUACGCAUGGUGACAGACGAGCCACUGAAACAAGAGAUUUGAGUAGGUUCAAUUUUGAUAACAAGUAUGGAAGGAAUGCCUUGGAAAUAGUCAUGAAAUCUAUUGUAAAUCUGGAUAGUCCACUGGUGUCAUCACCUAAAGACUAUGUUGGAGACUUUUUCAAAGACGUUCGGCAGGGAUUAAUUGGCGUGGGCUUGAUAAAUAUGGAAGACCGUUCAGGGCUUCUCACAUUGGAUAAAGACUAUAACAAUAUUGGCAAAUUCUUGAAUCGAAUCCUUGGUAUGGAGGUACAUCAACAGAAUGCACUCUUCCAGUAUUUUUCAGACACUUUAAAUGCUGUCAUUCAGAAUGCUAAGAAGAAUGGAAGAUAUGAUAUGGGAAUUUUGGAUCUGGGCUCUGGGGACGAGAAGGUGAAGAAACUAGAAGCGAAGAAAUUCUUAACUCCAGGGUAUUCUGUUUCAGGACAUGUUGAAAUUUAUACUAUAAGUGUCGAAAGAGGCAUGUCCUGGGAAGAAGCUACAAAGAUUUGGGCAGAGCAAACUGGAAUAGAUGAUGGCUUCUAUUUGUCAAUGCAGAUAAGGAAUAAUAAAAAGACAGCAAUUCUGGUUAAGGAAGUUAACAGCAAGAAGAGACUGUUCAUGAUGUACAGACCAAACACUGGCAAGCAACUCAAAUUAGAGACUUACAUUGAACUAAAAAAGAAAUAUAAAAAGGUAACAUCUGCAGAAGCAGAGUCACAUUGGGUGGAACAGUACAAGUCAUCUGCAGACACUUGUACUCAUGCAUAUUGGCGUGGAAACUGCAAAAAAGUAAGCCUUGGAAUGGUUUGUGAAGUCGGGCUGAGGUGCCGCACUUAUCAUGUCCUCUGUGGUUCAGUUCUUAGUGUCUGGACAAAGGUGGAAGGAGUCUUGGCCUCAGUCAGUGGGGCUAAUGUAAAAAUGCAGAUUGUGCGAUUAAAAACAGAAGACGGGCAAAGGAUUGUAGGUUUGAUCAUUCCUCAGAACUGUGUCUCUCCAUUGAUAAACAUUCUGUCAACGUCGGACCAGUCACAACAGCUGGCACUGCAGCAACAGCAGAUGUGGCAGCAGCUCCACCCUCAGAGCAUAAGUCAUAUGAGCAACACAUAGUGACUCGCUACAUGUACCAGAGCUAACCUUACUUGAAAACUGUAACUUUUACAGAAGUGUCAACGCCAUGUGACCUUCACUCUUUUCAGGAAUUCAGGGUCAUGUUCCAAAGAGAUUCCUUAAUUAGUGAAGUAUUGGUGAACACUGAAUCUGGGAAUACCCGUAAAUCAGAGACAAGUUCUGUUUAACAAACGGGUGAACGUUGAAGGCCAAGAUGUUUGGACAUGUUACUUUUUUUCUUCCCUUUCUAUGACUCUUCAUGUUAGCACUUUGUUCUUUACAGCUGCUAUAAUUCUCCACUUUCAUUUCUACUGUUCAAGUAAUGGAAAGCAACAUGUGCAUACUUUGCACACAUUGAACGCUUUACCUUGAAAUCACUUUCAUUUCAUUUCUUUUCCUACGUCCUGUCUGUAUCACGACUGAGGACAAUUUGUAGCUUGUUACAAAUGAGUGCACUGGUUCUAGAGAGAUGCUGAGGGCUACGUUACUUGCUGUGUACGUAUCUAGAAUGUUCCAUGUUAAAUACAUGCUUAUUGAAAUUAAAACCCUGUAAAAUACUUUCCAUCUUUAGGCUGGGUUUGUAAACCCUGUGUCUUAAAAGUGAACAAGCGUUCUUUCAGGGUUUGUUUAUCAUGUAUAUCCUAUAAGCAGGAUGUAAAUAUGAUACAAAAACAAUGCAGAAAUUCUGGCCUAUUUAAAAUAAAACCGCAUUAUUGAAAGUUUAUUGGGGGAAUUAAUUACUUUAUACAGAAGCUGUUUUGAAUAUGUUGAUAUGCUUUCUUUCUCCACAAUGUGUAAUUUCUGGGUAACUGCAAAAUGUAUGUUCUGUAUUUGUGUUUCAUGGCACAAUCUUA